CCAGCGGCUUCAAAUAUUCAAGCCAUUCGAGAAAAUGUUGCACAUUAUUGAACACUGGUGGACGUCGGCCAUCAAGAUAACUCGACAGGCCGCUACUCCGAAUGACUUCACCAGUACCCUCUAAAAGACGGCAGGCAAGGGCCGCUGCUAAGGCCGGCAGGCCUCCACCGGGCACGGAGGAACCGGGCUCAGAGGCAUCCUCAGAGGCGGAGCAGAGCCCGAAAGUCAUUAGGAAGCGAAAGCCCAAGAUUCCGGCACCCGGUGCGCUUGCCGUUCUGAAAUCCGUGCAUCAAGAUCUGUUGGAAGUGCGGGCGAAACAUGAAUAUCAAGCCCUGACAACCAAACUGCAUUUCGAAGAGGAUGGAAGUGUUGCACACGGGAAGAACAAGACGUUAGCUGCUUACGAAGAGGCGCUGUUGGCUUUGCUGGAACGGUUGGACGCUCUGCAGGCGGAGGGUAUCCCCGCGGUUCGGGAGGCUAGAAAGAAUGCCAUAAAGGCUGUGCAAGAACGCUUGCAAACGCUGGAUGCAUACAAACGAGGAGAGCCGGUGGAGGUGCCCGACAAACAGGAGCUGACGAAGAUGAAGACGGCGGUGAAAGCAGCCGUGACGUCACAAAGCAGCGGAACGGGGUUUCAACUCUUGCUGGUGACAGUUUUCGCAAGUGCAAUGGUGUUGGGAUAUUUUGGAUACGUUCAGAAGUUUCUAGACUUCUUCAAACAGCACAUCUGAAUGACACCCAUUAUAUUGAACGAGCUGAGCCCUGGAGAAGAAAAGUCCUUUGGUCGCGGACGAAGAUGUUAUACCAUCCUGGUCCUGGGUCCUGGAGGGAGAUAUUGGGAGCUGCGCCCACACUGGAAUUGCCUCCUUGCCGGGUGCAUGCUAUGGAUCCUUGAUGUCUCAGACUGGGAACGCCGAUAGGCUCGUAUAGAGCCGAUUUCUCCGAGUGUGUAUAUGUGUAGGGAAUUGGACAUGGGCAAACGCGCCGACAUCGCGCAUUUCCAUCUUUCUCUUCCUGUACCGGUGCCAUCGGGAAGGGAAAGGAAGAAGGGUGGGGAUAAUACUACUGAAAAUUGAACUAAUCUCCUACAUCUACAUCUGCUAUCAACCCUUGGGAGCGUGAUUUCAAGCCGCUUGGUGGUCAUGGCGAGAAUAUUGAUGAAUCAAGAAGCG